UUGCAAAAAUCCCUGUGCUCAUCUUUGCUAUCCAUUUGCAGUCCCCUGGCCUUCGGUGGCAGUCCGAGGCGCUCCCGGGCUCAGGACGUCAUGGCAAAGCCCAGGAAUCUCAGGGGCCUGGGGAUGUGCAUUACUGCAGCACUGGCGUCCUUCCUUGCAGGCUUUGUAAUGGGCUGGUUUGUUAAGUCUCUUAAAGAAACAACUUCUUCAGCUGGUUAUCAUCAAAGUAUGCAGUGGAAACUCUUAUCUGAAAUGAAAGCUGAAAACAUUAGAUCGUUUCUUCGUUCCUUUACAAAACUUCCUCAUCUGGCAGGAACGGAACAAAAUUUACAGCUUGCCAAGAAAAUCCAAACACAGUGGAAGAAAUUUGGAUUAGAUUCAGCCAACUUGGUUCAUUAUGAUGUUCUCUUAUCUUAUCCAAAUGAGACAAAUGCAAACUAUGUAUCAAUUGUGGAUGAACACGGAGUUGAGAUUUUUAAAACAUCAUACCUUGAACCACCCCCAGAUGGAUAUGAGAAUGUUACAAACAUCGUACCACCAUAUAAUGCAUUUUCAGCCCCUGGCAUGCCAGAGGGAGAGCUUGUGUAUGUGAACUACGCUCGUACUGAAGACUUCUUCAAACUAGAAAGAGAGAUGAACAUCACCUGCACUGGGAAGAUUGUUAUUGCAAGAUAUGGGAAAAUCUUUAGAGGAAAUAAAGUUAAAAAUGCCAUGCUAGCUGGAGCCUUGGGAAUCAUCCUGUACUCUGAUCCAGCUGACUACUUCGCCCCUGAGGUGCAGCCAUAUCCCAAAGGAUGGAACCUUCCUGGAGAUGCCGCCCAGAGAGGAAAUGUCUUAAAUCUGAAUGGGGCCGGUGACCCCCUCACUCCAGGCUAUCCAGCUAAAGAGUACACCUUCAGACUUCAUGUUGAGGAAGGAGUGGGGAUUCCGAACAUUCCCGUACAUCCGAUUGGAUAUAAAGAUGCAGAGAUACUAUUACGCAACUUGGGAGGAACUGCUCCACCAGACAAAAGCUGGAAGGGAACACUAAAUGUUAGUUACAAUAUUGGGCCUGGAUUUACAGGAAGUGAAUAUUCCAGGAAAGUUAAAAUGCAUGUUAAUAACAUAAACAAAAUCACAAGAAUUUACAAUGUAAUUGGAACUAUCAGAGGGUCUAUAGAACCUGAUAGGUAUGUCAUUUUGGGAGGUCAUCGUGACUCCUGGGUGUUUGGAGGGAUUGACCCAACCACUGGGACAGCAGUUUUACAAGAGAUUGCGCAAAGUUUUGGAAAACUGCUGAAUGGAGGCUGGAGACCUAGGAGAACCAUCAUCUUUGCCAGCUGGGAUGCAGAGGAGUUUGGACUGCUGGGUUCAACGGAGUGGGCUGAAGAGAAUGCAAAGAUCCUACAGGAGAGAAGCGUUGCUUAUAUCAACUCAGAUUCAUCUAUAGAAGGCAAUUACACUCUCCGAGUUGACUGUACUCCUCUUCUUUACCAACUGGUCUAUAAAGUGGCAAGAGAGAUCUCCAGCCCUGAUGAUGGUUUUGAAAGUCAAUCACUUUAUGAAAGCUGGCUGCAGAAAGACCCUUCACCAGAGAAUAAGGAUUGUCCUAGAAUCAAUAAGCUGGGAUCUGGAAGUGAUUUUGAAGCUUAUUUUCAGAGACUUGGAAUAGCUUCAGGAAGAGCUCGCUACACUAAAAACAGGAAAACAGACAAAUACAGUAGCUAUCCUGUAUACCAUACCAUCUACGAGACCUUUGAAUUGGUAGAGAACUUUUAUGACCCCACAUUUAAAAAACAGCUUUCUGUUGCUCAGCUAAGAGGAGCAUUGGUAUAUGAGCUUGCAGACUCUGUACUCAUUCCUUUCAACAUUCAAGACUAUGCAAAAGCCUUGGAAAGCUACACAGCAAGUAUCUUCAAUUUAUCCAAGAAACAUGACCAGCAACUGACAGACCAUGGAGUCUCAUUUGAUCCGUUAUUUUCUGCUGUGAAAAACUUUUCAGAGGCUGCUUCAGACUUUCAUAGAAGACUUAUGCAAGUUGAUCUUACUAAUCCUAUUGAAGUGAGAAUUAUGAAUGACCAACUGAUGCUGCUUGAAAGAGCAUUCAUAGAUCCUCUUGGUUUACCUGGGAGGCAGUUCUACAGGCACAUCAUCUUUGCUCCAAGUAGCCACAACAAAUAUGCUGGAGAAUCAUUCCCUGGGAUUUAUGAUGCCAUGUUUGAUAUUGAAAAUAGAGCAGACCCUCACUUGGCCUGGGCAGAAGUGAAGAAACAUAUUUCUAUUGCAGCUUUCACAAUUCAAGCAGCAGCAGGGACACUGACAGAUGAGUUAUAGAAAUGUUUCUGUCAAACAGCUUCAUCACUAAAACACUGAGUGAAACUGUUGGAGGCAGGGUCUUGAUCAAAUGGAUUCCCUGCUAAAGGUGCUGAAGCAGAAGACAAAAAUGUGUCUUUCUCUUUGAUGAUUCACCAAGCUGGACUAUUCUAAAACCACGAUUGUCAUGUCAUGUUUUGUACUUCUACCUUUUUUUAACUUUCAUGCACAUUCAGUGAAAGUGAAACAGGAAGCAAUCCAAUGUUCAUGGCCAGAUGCUUAGAUUCACUGUGGCACAUACAGUGGGAUAUGGCUGAAAAUGAAAAAAACAAACAAACAAAACAAAACAAAAAAACAAAUCUGCCUAACACCCACUGUUAUUGGCAAAUACUACCCAGUAAAGAGCUGGGCAUCAAUGAGUCCACAGGCAAAAAUAAUGCACAUUAUUUAUCUCUUUCAGAGGAGGUUUCAAGCAAGUCUUUCACUUGCUUGGUUGGUCACACCAAGGUACUUUUGUUACUUGUAGCUAUUGUGAAGGGAGUUGUUUGAGCCUGUUUGUCUUUUAUAUACAGGAGGGCUUCUGAUUUGAGUUAAUUUUUGGGGUCACUCAUAUAUACUAUCAUAUCAUCUGCGAAUUUUCCUUCCUGAUUUGUAUUCCCUUGAUUUCCUUUAGUUGUCUGAUUGCUCUAGCUAGGACUUCAAGUACUAUAUUGAUGAGAUAUGGAGAGUGGGCAGCCUUGCCUUUUCCCUGAUUUCAGUGGGAUUUACAUUUCUCUCAGUUUAGUUUGAUGUUGGCUAUGGGAUUGCUGUAUAUUGCCUUUACUAUGUUUAGCUAUGUGCCUUGUAUCCCUGACCUCUCCAGGACUUUAAACCUGAAUGGGUGAUGGAUUUUAUCAAAUGCUUUUUCAGCAUCUAAGGAGAUGAUCAUGUUUUUUUGUUUUUUUUUCAAUUUGUUUAUAUGGUGGACUGUAUUGAUGGAUUUCCGUAUAGUGAACCACUGUUGCAUGCCUGAGAUGAAGCCUAUUUGGUCAUGGUGGAUAUUUGGAUUCAGUUUGCGAGUAUGUUAUUGAGUAUUUUUGCAUCAAUGUUUGUAAGAGAUAUUGGUCUGAACAAGGACAUUUGCUCAACUAUGUUCAUAGCAGCUUUAUUUGUAAUAGCCAGAAUCUCGAAACAACCCAGAUGUCCCUCAACAUCUAGAAAUGAAUAUAGAAAUUGUGGUACAUUUACACAAUGGAAUACUAAGCAACUGAAAACAAAGAAAUCAUGAAAUUGGCAGGCAAUUAGAAAUUGGAUGGAAUUAGAAAAGAUCAUCCUGAGUGAGAUAACCCAGAUGCAGAAAGACACACAUGGUAUAUACUCAGUUAAAAGUGGAUAUUAGCCAUAUAAUAGGAUGAACAUACUAAAAUCUAUAGUCCUAAAGAUGCUAAACAAGGAGGACCCUAGGAAAAUACUUGUCACUCUGAAGGGCAAACAGGAUAGACAUCAGAAGUGGGAGAAGACAGGGACCUGGAC